GAGCGAGUGAGUGGUGUCAGAGCGGCGGCUGCUGUAGUCAAACGUUAGCAGCAUUUCAGCAAAAUGGCUGCCCCUGGCUCCAUGGAUAUGAUUGUCGUGUGGGAAUGGUUUAUGCAAGGGGUUUGGCGACCCUACGAUCCACUCAUUACGAAUUUUAUCGAGAAGUACAGAGCGAUCAACAGCCGUAUAAACCUCGGUGCUGUAGAUCAAAAGUUAGUUAUGUACGACAUAGAUUUCGUCACCCAAACACAAGUACGGCACGGUACAGGUACAAGCCGUCCAAUAAGGCGCCAGCUUUACCCCCGAGACAAUCCCGCAGCCAAAGGCAUCGUUUGGCAAUGGGAGGCUGACCAACCUGGCAACUGGCAGAUGUUUGACAUGAUUACGCUGUGUCUCAUUGAGUCUUCCUGGUUACAGGGCUUACAGAGCAUUGAUCUUAGCAAAUCGCCCAACAUUUGUAUGCCGUACUUUCUAGAUUUGGCUUCGAUGAAGCAGAUCCGCAUCGAGACUGGUAACGCAAGGAAGAUUCGCCGUACAACGCUGACGUAUUUCUACCCGCUGGCCGUAGCUUCUCCCAUGAUGCCAGCCCUGAAUAUGCAUUCACCAAUGUCGCAGCAGACAUCCCCGUUGGCACAGCAGCAGGUUCCUCCUUCGUUAUUGCAGCAGCAGCAGCAACAGCAGCAACAAUUUCAACAGCAGCAACAACAACAACAACAACAACAGCAGCAAUCAUUGCAGCAGCAGCAGCAGGCAUUGCAGCAACAACAACAACAACAGACAUUGCAACAACAACAACAGCAGACAUUACAACAACAACAACAGCAUGUCCUGCAACAACAACAACAACAUCAACACCAACAGCAACAACAACAAUUUAUGUCUCAAUCUAUGGCAACAGGCCAACAACAACUCGCUGCAGAUAGCCGGCACUCUUUAACGGGAGGCCCUGCCCCAGGCCAAGGGAGUGAACAUAACAUUUCAGAUGGUUCGUACCCAGGUGCAGUUAGCGGGGCACCGGCCACAUCUGGCAAUGCAACGAUUGCUCCCAGUAUCAGGGGUUCGAACAGCCAGAACAGUUUCUCGAACAAGGGCAACAAACGGUCCCUUCCUAAAUCCACUGCAAUACACAAUACGACCCAGGCAGCGUCGCAAAUGUUAGCCUCGACGUUUUUUAACCCUCACGGGUUUUUAAGCUCCUCCCCACUCGAAUCAAAGUUGGCCAUCGCAAAGAAGCUGAAACUGAAUAACAUUGGACACAAAGUGCCUUCUGCCUCCGCUGCCAUGGCUCACAAGCAGCUGCUGGGCCCCCAGUUGAUGGCCCCGCCUAACCUCCAAUCUCCGAUGCAACAACAACAACAACAACAACAGCAGCAGCAGCAGCAGCAGCAGCAACAACAACAACAACAACACCACCACCAUCAACACCAACAACAACAACAUCAACACCACCACCACCAACACCACCAACAACAGCAGCCACAACAACAACAACAACAAGCACAUUUCAUUCCAAGCAUAACGAGUAACAGUAAUAUCAUUGUUAACCCUAAUUUAAACACUGCUGGCAUGAUUGGUGCUGGUAGCAGACUUGGGAACCAGACCCCUUUAUACGCUCACCCACCUCAAAUGCAACUGUCACAGCAUCCUCAGAGUGCUCACCACAGCGGACAGAUGAUGGGCCAACAGCAGCAGCCAUCCAUAUCUUUACAGCCUGCACACUGUCAGCCUCGUCAGGCGUAUUUACCCCCAUAUUCCGGCUAUAGUAAUGGCUUGGACCCUUUAGCUAACGGGGUCCAGCCAACAAGGGCUCUCUUUCACAUGCCGGGUGCACACCAACCAUCUCUAUCCAAUGCUUCUGUGCCUCUCAACCAACCAACUAACAUGAAAACUAUUGGACGUUUGAUCAGCCCCGUCGUAUCAAAUAUCACAAACAUUUUGGUAUCUCCAGCCAUUCCAGUCCGGCUACCUCCAGGACAGAUUCACCAUGGUGCAGUGUCUGGUAGACCACAGACUCAUGGACGCAUCUCUCUUACCAAAUCUUCAACGAAGUUAGGUCGGGGCGCUGCAGAGGUACUGAAGAAUUAUGUCAAUAAAGUAGAUCAACCACCAACAGAAGAGGAUUGCUGUAUCUGUUAUGAGAAGAUUGACCAGCCAUCUGGCUAUGGUGAUGGCAUUGAUAAAGAAUGUGUUAAAUUAAAGAAAUGUGGUCAUUUCUUCCACAGAUUAUGUUUGUAUGCCAUGUACAAUAAUGGACAUAAGGAUGAUAGUAUCCAGUGCCCGACCUGUAAGACCAUAUAUGGUAAGAAACUUGGUAAUUGUCCAGAUGGUGAUAUGGACUACAUAACAAUUCCAGAAUCCCUACCGGGAUAUCAGAAUACUGGAACCAUCCGAAUAUUAUACGACAUCAAAGCUGGUAUACAAGGUCCUGAACAUCCCAAUCCUGGUAAACGGUUUACAACCAAAGGAUUUCCCAGGUGUUGUUAUUUACCUGAGAACGAGAAAGGAAGAAAGGUUUUAAGUCUACUGAUAAAAGCUUGGAAAAGACGUUUAAUCUUUACAAUCGGGACAUCCACAACAACGGGGGAGGCCAACACGGUCACAUGGAAUGAGAUCCACCACAAAACAGAGCUAUACACCAACUACACCGGACAUGGUUACCCAGACCCUAACUACUUAGACAACGUGCUCCUCGAGUUGGCUGCACAGGGCGUCAUUGACGAUGGCUCCAGUGACGAAAGUGACUCAGAAAUAAAAAGCUCUUCUCUGGACUCAGGUGUUGAAAUGGCUGUUAGCAGUUAAGUAGUGUGUCGUUAGUCACAACAGCACACUCUCAACACUCAUAGAUUUCAGUUUAAUCAACGUAUGUUAUAUAUAUUUUUUUUUAUAUAAUUUUCCUAUUCCUAAAUUUUCCACUGCCCCCUCCCCCUCCUCCUCAUUUCAAUUAAAUUUCUCCUUGUCUUGGUGACCAAUGUUUUAGAGAUUACUGUCCAUCGAAGAAGUUUGAUCUCGUUAAGCUGAUUUAGUCUCUUUUCUUUUCAUUUCCUCACUUUGGUGUAAUAGUAUCACUUCUCAUUUUUUAUAAAAGCACUAUGCUGUUUCCUUUUCAUAUAACAGUGUUGUAUUACAAUAGCCUAAGUUUGUGUGUACAUCUCUCGUAAUACGACAGCAUUAGGCUAGCCAAGAGGAUCACAUAAACUUCUCGUGUGUCCUUUUCUUUUUAGACAUUAGGACGUGAUUUGAGGGAAGUUUUAACUGUUAUUUCUAGCAUUCCUGUUAAACCACUUUAACCUCUUAUUAUCUCCCUUAGGUGGUGUACAAGUUUCCAUUUAACGAAGCCCUACUAAGGCUUUUUUCUAGUCUGGUCGUAUUAGGCUUAGCAUAUGCUGAUGUGUGUACUUCUUAUAAAGGCCGUCUUCAUAUAUUCAGCCUUUUUUUUUUCUUUUCUAUUUUUUCCUUUUGUUAUUUUCUUUUUUCUAAGCAGGCUGACAUAUUCUUACUGCUCUUGAAUUUCCUCAUUGUAGAGGGAAAUAUUUUUGAAAACAAAAAAAUGAAAAUCUAAUCUGAAGGUGUGUCAUUUCUUUUUUUUACCUGUGUAAAUGCAAUAUUAAAAUUUCAUUAAUCUCAGAGCUAAAUCACACAAGCAAACGAACAAACCAGGAACAAAAAUGAUUUCUAUAAUUUUAGAUUCCUUUUUUUUUUUUUCUUAUAACAAACAGGCUGGCUACUUUCUGUAUAUAUAUCCACUUUGUUUCAGUCAUUAGACUGUGGCCAUACUGGGGCACCACUUAAAAAAUUUUUUAGUUGAAGUAAGGCCUGGUACUUAUUCUAUCAGUCUCUCUUGCAAAACUGUUGAGUUAUGGGAAUGUAAACAUACCAACACCAGUUGUUCAACAGUGGUGGGGAGCAAACACAGACAUACACACACACACAUAUAUAUAUACAUGAUAGGCAUCUUUCAGUUUCCAUCUACCACAUUGACUCACAAGGCUUUGGUCAACCCAGGUACCAUGUGGUGUGACUGAACUUGGAACCAUGUGGCUGGGAAGCGAAUUUCUUCCCACAUGGCCUUUUAAGCACAUUUAAAAAGAAAUAUAUGUAAUCAUGUGUGCAUGCGUGCAUUCUUUUACCAGUUCCAGCCCAAAACUGCGGCACCGCCGUUGUGUGUGUGUGUGUAAUGGAACCCUUAUCAUAACUAGCCAAGUCAGAGAAUGUUUCUGGUCUCAUGGACUGUCACUUAAGCAUCCAAGCAUUGGGACGGUGUUUUGUGUUGCUGGGCAAAGACACUUUAUCUCUGGAAAGUCUGAUUUUUCCUAGCUGUUAAUAAGUACCAUGGAGAGGUACAGCAACAGUGACUUUGACUUCAAGGACAUAUCAUUUCUUGGUCUUUGAUGAGGUAAAUGUGGGAUUGGGUGAACCUCCCUUUCUGUAGAAAUGACCAGCUCUUCAGCAGAAGCCCAAUGGUCCAACAUUUAUAAGUAAGCAUAUCAGGAUAUUUUGCUUUUCUUUUUUUUUUUUUAAUAGAUUUGUUGGUGUAUUUGUUGCUAGGUGCAGGCAUGGCUAUGGUUACGAAGUGUGUUUUGUAACCACAAGGUUUUGGGUUCAGUCCCAUAGCAUGGCACCUUCAGCAAGUGUCUUCUACUAUAUAACCUUUUGCUGGCUAAUAUCUUGUGAGUGAAUUUGGUAGAAGAAAACUGAAGCUUGUAAUGUGUAUGUGUGUGUAUAUCUUGCCAAUUGGUGUUGGUUUGUUAACAUCCCUGUAACUUAGCAGUUUGGCAAAAGUAAUCAAUAGAACAAAGUACCAGACUUAAAAAUCAGAACUGGGGUCCUGGAGUCACUUUGCUUAAAACCCAUCGAGACAGUGCCCCAGCAUGGCCGGAGUCAGACGACUGAAAUGAAGUGUAGGUGGGAAGUAAUUAAUGUUGGCCCCUUUUUUUUUUUUUACCACACACACACAAACACCUUGUGAUAAGUGUAGACAGAUUGGUAAUUUUUAUUGAAAUGUCUUUUUUGACAUGAUGCAUCUUUCCCUCCUCCUCCUCCUCCUCCUCAAACUUGUUUCGUGGGAGUUUUUACUCUUUCAAGAUACUUUUCUCUCUCAUUUUCUACUUCUCACUGUUCCCACCACCAUUCUCUCUCUCUCUCUCUCUCUCUCUUACAAAAAAAACCCUUUUUCUACUCUCUUUCUACAUCUUAACUGACAUUAGAUCCCUCUUCCACCAACAAGUCUACUUCUAACCCUUAAUAAUAUAGGUUCACAUUUUUGGC